AUGUCCGACGCAUUCGAGUGGUGGGAAUCGAAUCGGGCAGUUGUGGAAAGCAUCAAGGCAUUUUCCGACUGUUUCGAUUAUCUUCAAGAAGCAGCUUCUAAGAAAGAACUCCCCAGAAAUCUUCCCGUUCAAAACAAGGGUCAAAAUGAAACCGAGCUUCCUCCAAUGGUCCCUAACUCAGAUGAAGAAUGUCUCGUGAACGGGAUGAAAAAAGCAGGAGUUAGUCCAAUUGACGACGGCAUGAAGCUACUCGACUGGUUUACGGAGGUGGAGAACGAAAUGUCGCACAAAGUAGCCGAUCCUGUCUCAAAAGCGAUGCUCAACAAUUUGGAAAGCGAUAAAAACUUUUCAGCUGCUAUUCUUCGAUCUGUCGACUCAGCAUUAGGUUCGCUAAAUGCAGUUUCAUCCGAAUAUGUUUCCGUCCGUUCAAAAACAUGUGCCCUUCACGAAGCUUGCGAGUCUCUACUUCUUGAACAAACUCGGUUGACGGACUCCGCCGAGGCCAUCCAUGAAAAACUUUCCUAUUUCCAAGAGCGAGAUGCUAUUCGUGCCGCGCUCAAGAAUCCCAAACUGGAGGUUAACUCUGAAGCUUUCCUCGCACUUCUCUCACGGAUUGACUCGUGCAUUAGCUACAUGUCCCAGAACUCGCAGUUCAAAGAUGCGCCGACCUUCUUAAUGCAAUUUAAUCAGUGCCUUACGCAAGCAUUGGGUCAAAUUAAAACACAUGUGAUGCGCUCAUUCGAGACGACGACUAAUCAACUGCUGGAACGCAAAGUCAGCAAAACCUAUUCAAACAGUAGCCUUACCGACGAUGCGUUUACGCUUUACUACGGUCGUUUCCGCACAAAUGCACCAAAAAUCAAGACAUUGGUAGCACUGAUCGAGUCACGUUCAGAAGGCGCUCCUCAGUACGGCCAAGCGCUUGCCGACAUUUACACAUGCUACUGCGCCCAACGAGAACAACUUAUCGGCCCUGGAGUCUCCUCUUCCUUUAACGAUCUCCGGACAGGAAGAGAUGUCUGUGGCCUUGUGAGAGCAUCGUGCGCGUUCAUGCUUCAUGUGUGUCAAGACGAGCAUCAACUCUUCCGUCAUUUCUUCACAUUGCCAUCUGCAGCACUCGAUGAAAUGCUGGAGCGUCUCUGUCAAGGUCUAUACGAUCUCCUCCGACCAUUCAUUAUUUCAAUUUAUCACCUGGAGACUCUCGCCGAGCUCUGUUCUAUUCUCAAGCUCGAAAUGAUCGACGAUCACAUUUCUGGAAACCCAGCGGAACUUGGAGCAUUUGAAGUGAUCGUCAAGCAAAUGCUCGAAGAUGUUCAAGAGAGACUAGUCUAUCGCACUAACAUUUACAUCAAAUCGGACAUUCUCGGCUUCAAUCCAAGUCAGGGGGAUCUUGCUUAUCCAGAAAAGUUGCAGAUGAUGGAAGAUAUUGCAAAGAAACUUCACACAUCGAAAGAAGAAGAUAACAUGGUGGAGAUCUCCUUGGACCAUCCUUUGGAGCGGACUAAAAGUAUGUCUUCCUCGCCAGCGGAUUUGCAUGGAAUGUGGUACCCAACUGUUCGCCGAGUUCUAGUUUGCUUGUCAAAAUUGUACAGGUGUAUUGAGCGUGGCAUCUUUCAAGGUCUAUCGCAAGAAGCACUCUCUAGCUGCGUUGAGUCACUCACUACGGCUUCAAAUCAGAUAAAGCUGAGUAAGUCUGAAAUCGAUGGACAGCUCUUCCUCGUCAAGCAUCUUUUGAUUUUACGGGAGCAGAUUGCACCAUUCCAUGCUGAUUUUUCGAUUCGGGAGACCCGAGUCGACUUUGAAAAGACUAAAUCUGCUGCUAAUAAACUUCUUCAAUCUGACAAUAUCAGCAGAAUAUUCAAUGUCAAUCAGCAGAACUCAUUGUUAGAGUUUAUGCUCGAAGGAAGGCCAGAAGUGAAAGAAUACUUCGUUGAUUCUAAGAAACAUGUCGACCGUCAGUUGAAGCUUGCAUGUGAAGAUUUUAUUUCUUCGCGAACUGCUGCAAUGGUCGGUCAGUUGCAAGACUUCCUCACCAGAGCAGAGGCAGUUGUAGAGCUUUCUCGAAGAGAUCCACACAAUACCAAGGUUCUAAAAGAAAAUGGUUUUGCGCGGACGGAAUCUAUGCAACAACUCUGUAGCGACACAUACGCUCUUAUGAAGAAGAAAAUGACGGAAACCCAAAGCUCAAUGCGACUCUACCUGGCGAACAAAGAUACAGAGACUAUUUUGUUCAAACCGAUUCGCCUCAACAUCCAGGCUGUCUUCUCGCAACUACAAUUGUUACUCUGGGAACACUACUCGACUGAGGACCGUGCAAUGAUAAAUGCUCCAACACCCGAGCAAUUGCGGAGCUUCGAUCACUUCUCGAGGAAAGGGGAGAAAGUCCAAAAGGAAGGAAGAAAGGGGGAAUUAAAACAAAGACUAUCUGAUUGGCUCGAAGACAAUGAUCUGGAUCCGGAUACUUACGACUUUGAAACGCCACCAGAUAAUGAAAUACCUGGACUCGAAAGUGUGCCUGAUGAUAAUCUACAAGUUUCUUCUGAAGAUAAUGCUGCUCUAGUAGAUGAACAUCUUCAAAGCCCACAAAAAGAUCCUGAGUCCAAUCGAUCACUAGACGAAUCAAGCCUGAAAAAGAAUUCAAUAACUCCGUCUCGUAAAAUUAGAGCAAGUCCUAAAAAGCCAUCUCCGUCUCCAGCGCCUGCCUCUCCUGGAUCUGGCAAUUUAGUGAUUUGCCUUGAUGACAGCAUGGAGGAAGAAGACUCGCCAGAGAUCGAUCUUACUGAGGAAGCUGAAGACGAAGCCGAACUUGAGGAGUUAAACAAAAAAAUUGCCGAAUACGAAAAGAAAAUCCACAUAACAAAAAGUGCUCGCCUUCAGAUUGAGGAACAAACGGAGAUUAUACAGAAAAGACGCGAUGAAUUAAAAAAUGACGAAACCUGCAAGAAACUAGCAGCAGACGCAGCUGCAUUGAUCAAAAAUAAAUUGGCAAUAGAAUUGGCAACGACACGGGCAGGUACGGUUGAAGCGCGCCGUAUCCUCAACGUCGAAACAAAAAAUAAAGAAGUGCUCCGAUCAAAGAUCAUGCCCAGUGAGAUAAAGCUGCGGGAAGCAUUGAAAAUGCACGAGAGAUAUUCGCGAGAAUUGGAAGAGAUUGAAGCUCAGGUCGAUCUCGACGAGGAGGAAGAAGGCGAUCUUGUCAAUAAUACGAUGCCUUCACGAAACACCCAUAGCAAACGUUUCGACGGAUAUUAG